CCAACGACACGCGGCGCCAUUUUGUGUGUUCCCUAACGGUGGCAGCUCGCUGUCAAAUCUUUGUUAAUUCGGCAAUGGACGGCAUUCUCACUGAUGUUGCAGUUGGCAUAAAGAGAGGAUCUGACGAACUUUCUGGCACCAUUCUCAGCAGUCCAAACUCUACAAUGAGCAGUGUGGUGGUUACUGCAAAUGGGAAUGACAGCAAGAAAUUUAAAGUUGAUGAUAAGAUGCUCGGAACUCCAUCCCGUGUUCUCCAUAUAAGGAAGCUGCCCACUGAAGUGAUGGAAACUGAGGUCAUAGCUUUGGGUUUGCCAUUUGGAAAAGUUACCAACAUUCUGAUGCUGAAAGGGAAAAACCAGGCUUUUUUGGAAAUGGCUUCUGAAGAGGCAGCUAUCACUAUGGUGAAUUAUUAUACUGCCGUAACUCCUCAUGUUCGGAACCAACCUAUCUACAUUCAGUACUCUAAUCAUAAAGAGUUGAAGACAGAUAAUGCUUUAAAUCAGCGUGCUCAAGCAGUUCUUCAGGCUGUAACUGCUGUACAAACUGCAAGUACACCCCUUACUGGAACUACGGCGAGUGAAAGUGCAGUGACCCCAACCCAGAGUCCAGUACUUCGAGUGAUUAUUGACAAUAUGUACUAUCCAGUGACUCUGGAUGUGCUUUAUCAGAUCUUUUCCAAGUUUGGUCCAGUACUGAAAAUAAUCACUUUUACGAAGAAUAAUCAAUUCCAAGCACUGCUGCAAUACUCAGAUCCAGUGAAUGCACAACAAGCAAAAUUGGCUCUGGAUGGUCAGAACAUCUAUAAUGCUUGCUGUACCCUCAGGAUUGAUUUUUCCAAGUUGGUCAAUUUGAAUGUUAAGUACAACAAUGAUAAAAGUCGUGACUACACUCGUCCAGAUCUUCCUUCAGGAGAUGGCCAGCCAGCUAUGGAUCCUGCUAUUGCUGCAGCGUUUGCAAAGGAGAACUCUCUUCUUGGUACCCCUGCAGGAAUGAUGUCUGGGCCAUACAGUGGAGGGUCUGGGUUUCCAUCUUCAAUCAGCUUUACACAGUCUGCAGCUGUUCCAGGAUCACUGAGCCCUUUGGCUAUGCCUGGUGCUGCAGCAGCUGCAGGCCGAGUAGCAAUGUCUGGAGUUGCUUCUGCCAACCACAGUGUCCUCCUGGUUAGCAAUCUGAAUGAUGAGAUGGUUACGCCCCAAAGUCUGUUUACCCUCUUCGGUGUUUAUGGUGAUGUGCAACGUGUGAAGAUUUUGUACAAUAAAAAAGACAGUGCUCUGGUGCAAAUGGCUGAUGUUAACCAGGCUCAGCUGGCCAUGAGCCAUUUGAAUGGGCAGAAAAUGUACGGAAAGAUUAUUCGUGUUACCCUGUCCAAACACCAGACGGUGCAGUUGCCUCGUGAAGGCCUAGAUGACCAGGGAUUGACAAAAGAUUUCACCAAUUCUCCACUCCAUCGUUUCAAAAAGCCUGGUUCAAAGAAUUUUCAGAAUAUAUUUCCUCCCUCUGCAACUCUUCAUUUGUCAAAUAUUCCACCUUCUGUUACUGAAGAGGUUCUUAAGACACUAUUUGUAAAAACUGGAGGCAAAGUGAGAGGUUUUAAGUUCUUCCAAAGAGAUCACAAAAUGGCAUUGCUGCAAAUGUGUUCUGUGGAGGAAGCCAUCCAGGCACUCAUUGAUCUUCACAACUAUGAUCUUGGAGAAAACCACCAUCUGAGAGUUUCCUUUUCCAAAUCAACCAUCUGAGAAUUGAAAGAGUUGAAUUAUUUGAUUUUGAUUGUGGUUAGUGACUUGUUUCAAGGAGUUGGGACCAGAGUUAACAAUUCCAGCUGUUGUCAUUCCUUCGUAUAUACAUUUGUGAUACUAAAAUUGGAAGAUGAACAUUCAUUAGAAUGAGCAGAGGAAAUUUAUUCAGCUGUUAAUUGGAAUGAAAAUUAAAACGUUCUUUAUGUUGAAGCUUUUUAGGAAUUCAUUUAUUUUAAUUUUGGGAGAUUUGAAUAAUCUCUAGUUUUCUUUAGUAGAAAAUGUCUGAAGAGAAAUGUGCCUUAUCUUAACAGUUGAAAAAUUCUAUUAAUACAAUUGAAUAUACUGUGGAAGUAACGCUGGGGCCUUUAAGGCACAUGGUUGGAGAACUUCAGUAAUAGUGAGAGUAUUGUGUAAAUGUUAGCACUAAGUUGCAGUUUUGCUUGUUGCUGAUUAUACAUUUUGUAGAUGUUUGGAGUUGACAUUGCAAAUGGCUUAUGUGCAUUUAUAUUUCCAUCUUUUAGUUUGUAAUUAAGGACUGAAAAUGGCUGUGGACUUUUGAGCAUGUGCAGUCAAGUCUAGUUCAAGAAAUUGGUGCAUGUUAUAGAAAGGCAAAAGAGAAAUGCCUCAUUUUAAAAAAAAAAGAUGGGAGCAAAAAGGAUAGUUUUGUGGCAGUUUCUGGAAUGGACAACCAGGUGGGACCAAAGUUUAUGUGCCUUUAGUCUUAAUUUACCUUGCAUUGUAAUAUUCAGUUUUAAUAAACCUCUUCAAGGUAUUUUGUAUUUGAAUGGAGACAGACUUUAUAAUCAGUUCUGUAUCUUCAAAAUUAGAGGAAUUGUAUCAGUAGAUUUCAUCACUUGAAGAGAAGUCCAACAACUGCAGUUGUCAAAUUUAAGUAGUUUACUGGCCAGGAACUUUUUAGAUCUAUGUAUUAGCAUUCAUAUACAUAGACUCUCUGGACUAUGUAGCAAAAAAGUCAUAUAUAUUUUCUAUAUUAGUUACGUUUUUACAUCUUGAUCUGUAGCUAUGUAAAUCUCAGUAUAGUUUGAAAGAGGCACAAUUAAAGUUAAUUUUCUAACAAAAUUGGGAUGUUUGAUGGUUGUGUUGACUUCUGAUUUUUUCCCCUGUGUACUCUGUUUGCUUGCCUGUAGCAUGCCUAAUAAAUACUUCUGUAGCUCUAUCCACCUCUUCUGUCUUUCUGUACUGCUAUUCCUCACUUCCCUUGUUUGUCUUCACCUCAUUAAGCUUCUGACUUUAUAGUUAAUACUCCUGACAGAAUGGGAAAGUUUUGUACUUCCAGCUAUAACAGGACCAUAAUUCAAUUGGAGCGCAAAUGAUCCAACAACUGGUUUCCUCUUGCCAAAUGUCCAAAACCUGGAGCCACGCAAUUUUGAUGGUGAAUCUCGUAAUUAAGUGUUAAUGUGAAAUUCUUGGAAAUUGAUAAAUUUUAACUGAAAUAAAUCUCCUUAGUUUAUUUUGACAAAGUAACUUCAUGUAGAUAAAUACUAAUUAUCUUCAUUUUGAAGGAGUAAAAUGGUUUUAAAGAUUUAUAAUACUGUAAAUGUUCAGAACUUAUCCCAGAGUUAGCAUGAAAUUACCUGCACUGCAAUAGGACUGAAGACAUUUCUUUAUUGUUCAAAAAUAAUGUAGAUUAACACUUUUAAAACUAAUUAGCUACAAACUUAAAAAGGCUAGGAGAUAUUUCCACUGGAGAUGAUUUGCAAAAUAAAUAUAGAUGUUCUAGCUUUUAUAUUAAAAAAUUAUUUAAAAAAUUAAAAUUGAUGAAAUAUACUGUCAAUAUUAGGACAAUGGCAUUUGGGAUAAAUUUCAUGCUUCAAAAAAAUUAAAUGUUUGUAGGUAAGUUUCCUUUUAGAAAAUGAUUAUCUUGUUUUGCAGUAUUUUUACAAUUCAUAUUUUACCCUAUAAAACAGCUGCAGGCUUAUUUGUGAAACAUUAAUGUUAAUAUGAACAUUAUUUUACCCAAAAGUCAUUGCAACGAUUGGUUUGUACCCACUGACAAAUAAAUUAAAUGAUAUAGAAAUCUGACAUAAACUUGGUGACUACAUAAUCUCUUUUUGUAAAUCAACUUUAAACUCAAACAAUAUGAAAAUUAUCUGAGAGAGCAUUGGCAAGCAUUUUCAGGUCUCAGGUGCAUGAUACAAACAUCUGAAACUAGAUUUGGUACUGACAAUAAUAAAAUAAUGUAGUAUUGGUGCUUGAGGGGUAAACAAGCAUUUUUGAGUAUGACAAAACUUGAUUAUUAUUUUAAUUGUCCACUGAGAAAAUAGGAAGCAAUUACCUAAAAUGUUCAUGUACGUUCUGAGAGCAAAACGAAAUUGCUGUUAAAUAUGCUAACACUCCUUUUGCAGUGUAACUGAAAUUUGGAUAUUGAUAUAACCAAAUACAUACUGAAUUCAAAAUUUCAUAAGAAUAAAUUUAUAUUUGUACUAAAAUUUUCUGCUGAUUAGUUCAUAAUUAAAGUCUAUAUUUUCAGCUCAUAAAAAUCACUUUAUGUGCUUUCAUCUGGCCUUUCAUUUAUUUGUAAAAGCCAAAGAUGAAACACCACAGCUCACAAAAUGCACAUUUUUGUUUCCAGCCGAUUUACUUGAUGCAGUAUGGCUCUGUCAUAAAAAUGCCUUGGUUUCAGCUUCCUCACUUAACAGCAUUUUGGCACUUCGUCGUAGCCUCCACAUGUGCAAUAUUUUGGCAUUUUGUCUAUCAGACUAAGUUGUUAAAAGAUUACUUUCUUUGAUUACAUGUCUUCAUUAAAAACAACUUGGUUGUGAGCACAUGUCUACUAGAAGCUAACACGAAGAAUUUUUUUUAUUUUAACUGAAGCUUUCUGAGAUUCAAGGUUGUUUAUUGCCAUUCUCCAAUACAUGAGUGUAAAGGAGAACAAAAUGAUUGUUACUCUGAAUCCAAUGUGACAUUAAAAAAAUACUAAGCAGAAAAAAACACAAUAAAUAUAAACAUAAAAACUAUCCUAUAAAACAAUGUACAAGUAACUGUUAGUGUGGCCAUAUAUAUACACCUAAGAAUUAGCUUUUAUAUAUAUAUAUAUAGAUUGUAUGUACAUAAUGUGACACUAGUUUCAGGAGUAUUUGAGCAUAAGAUGACUGAUGGCAUGAUAAAGUUGUAAAGUGAUUCUUGGCAAGAGGAACUCAUCUAAUUAGCAGCAGCAUACAUGAAAACACAGUAGGACAGCGACUGCGUCAGUGUAGGUAUGAGGUGUGGGGUGCAAGUGUAAAGUCGCAGUGCAUGGGGGGUUUGGAAGGGUGCUAGGGGGCUGCAGCGAGGAGUGGUUGAUGUGUAUGUAGCUACCCAAAGUUCAGAUUGGCUUUAAAUAGGUGCAUUUGUUGGUCAAGUUGCAAAGAUGGGCUAUUUAUUCUGUCUCAGGGUAAAUUAGUGCGUUAAUCAUGUAACUUAAAGGGGAAAAGAAUCAAUGUAAUAUGUGCUUUUGAUUAAACAGCGAUUAACUUCUGAAAGCUUUUCAAAGGUGAAUAUGACAAAAUCUCAUUUUAGCAAACAACUUUCAAAUUAACACAAUGGACUUCCUCAUGAAAUCCAGUUUUAUCAUCACUUUAAUGCCUCAUUUGUGAUUAAUCAUCUAAUUCAUGUCCUCUUGCUGUCCCAUUUCAUCUAAAUGCAGUCUUAAAUCUUGCCUAUUUCUCAUUUCCAACUGUUUUGCUAUUCACUGAUUCUGUUACUAAUGAUGGUCAUACCACCAAGAGGAUUUGUGGGAACACUGAAUGUGCUGAAAAUUUCCCAGUGGAAGAUCAAAUUCACAAUAAGUGAUAUCUAUCAGUAGUAAGGAUAUAUUCUCUAUUUGGAUGGUAAUUUGUUCAAGGAGUUGCAUAUUGUUUCCAUUUCUGGUUCACAUUGAAGUUGAAGGUAAUAUUGCUUCCUCACACCUGACCCUGGCACACUACUAUGUCAGUUUGUCAGAAUGAUUUUUGUUCAAUUUAUCUCUAGCAUGUAUUCCUAGAUUUACUGAAUUAACCAAUUUGCUUGUCCCUGACAUUAUUAGUAAAAUCAUUGAAAGGAAAUGCUGGUAGAUAUUGUACCAUUUUCAAAAAAAUAUUUUGGUCAUAUUAACAGUCAAAAUUAGUCGUUUUGCCACUUCAAGGGUUUUUUUCCUGAUAUGGUACCUGAGCAUAAUUCUAGAUCUAGCAGUUUACUGGAACUAUUAGACUCAACCACUUAAAAGCACCCCACUUUAAAACUCAGUUGCACUUUCUAUGUUGGCUUGUGGUAGUAUAUUUUCCUGUGUUUAUUGCCAUCGUUCAGAAUUGUCAACAUUCUCAACUUCAGCUUUGUUACUUUUAUUAUUUUAGUAUGAGGGUGUGUUGGCAUGCCCACCCAUCCCUAAUUUUCUUGAGUAAGUGGAGAAGAGCCUUCACUAUCAAUCAAAACAGAAGUAAUCUGUCUAGUCUUUCGUGGCUACUCGUCAUUCAGUACAGUAUCCUCACUGCCACUUUACUGCACCCCUGUACCCCUGGAUUCUCUGAUCAAGGAUCACCUUUAUUCAUCAUACAUUGCAUAGAUCAGAUAUUUGCUGUGGUAUUGGUGUGAGUCUCUCAGCGCUAACAUGUUGGCUGUAGUAUCUGAAAAUAUGCAGCAAUUAAGCUCCCACAGCCCUCUCUGGUGAAUUAUCAAGAUUAGUGGGUGAAGAAUUUUCUUCUAAGCUCUGCCCUGAAAGGCCCAAACUGCUUUUAAUCUUGCGUGACAAACUUGCUCUUUCAGGAAGCAAUAUGGAGAACAUUUCCAGUACACCCUCUUUUGUAUUUAUAUUCUUAACUUCAGUUGGGAGAUCAUGCACAAUGCUUUUGUGUAAUUUCACCAGAACCUUAUACAAUUGGAGCAAGGUGUUGAAUUGGUGUAGCAUAUGGGUAGAUUUAUAAUUUGGAUUCAGUGAAGGGAUGGAAGUCGAUUUGUGCUGCUUCAUUCACUGGUGUUGAAUGGGAAGGCAAGGUGGAUAACUGACUUACGAAGAAUUUGUCUCUUGUCCUGGAUUUCAUUUCCCUGUGUACUUGGAAAUUGAUCGUAGAUGGCUAUCUAGAAUAGGUACUUCUACAUAAAUUCUUUACGGGUAGACGAAUUGGCAAUGUAAGGAUUCCCAGUGUGAGUUUUCAUAUAUCUUAGCAUUUCUGUUCAAUUUGUAAACAUACUUUUCAAGUCAUUGAAAAUGGAAGAAUACAUGAGAUAGUUUUAGUACAAAAUGCAACUAUAUACAGUGCCUAUAAAAAGUGUGUCCCCCCCCCCCCCAGAAUUUUCAUUUUGUUUUGUUGCUUUACAACAUUGAAUCACAGUGGAUAUAAUUUGGAUUUUUUUUGACACUGAUCAACGGGUACGACUCUUCUAUGUCAAAGUGAAAAGAGAUGUUCAGAGGCAGAGGCUAGAGAGCACUCCUGUGGCUGUACCCCUUGACAAUAAGUACUCCUGUUUGAGUACUUUUGGGAGGGAUGGCGUACCUGGGGGAAGCAACAGUGGCUGGGCAUCUGGCACAGAGUCUGGCCCUGUGGCUCAGAAGGAUAGGGGAAAGGAAGAGGAUGGCAGCAGUGAUAGGGGACUCUAUAGUUAGGGGUCAGACGGGCGAUUCUGUGGAUGCAGGAAAGAAGCGCAGAUGGUAGUUUGUCUCCCAGGUGCCAGGGUCCGAGAUAUUUCUGAUCAAUUCCACGAUAUCCUGAAGUGGGAAGGAGAACAGCCCGAGGUCGUGGUACAUAUUGGUACCAAUGACAUAGGCAGGAAAAUGGAGGAUGUCCUGAAAGCAGACUACAGGGAGUUAGGAAGGAAGUUGAAAAGCAGGAGCACAAAGGUAGUCACCUCAGGAUUACUGCCUGUGCCACGUGACAGUGAGUAUAGGAAUAGAGUGAGGUGGAGGAUAAAUGCAUGGCUGAGGGAUUGGAGCAGGGGGCUGGGAUUCAGAUUUCUGGAUCAUUGGGACCUCUUUUGGGGUAGAAGUGACCUGUACAGAAAGGACAGGUUGCACUUGAAUCCAGGGGGACCAAUAUCCUGGUGAGGAGGUUUGCUAAGGUUAUUGGAGAGUGUUUAAACUAGGAUUGCAGGGGGGUGGGAACUGAACUGAAGAGACUGAGGAAGAAGUGGUUGGCUCACAAAUAGAGGAAGCCUGGAAACAGUGCGAGAGGGAGGAUAGACAGGUGAUAGAGAAGGAACACGCUCAGACCAAUGGUUUGAGAUGUGUCUAUUUUAAUGCAAGGAGGAUUAUGAACAAAGCAGAUGAGCUUAGAGCGUGGAUCAGAACUUGGAGCUUUGAUGUUGUGGCCAUUACAGAGACUUGGAUGUCAGGGACAGGGAUGGUUACUUCAAGUGCCAGGCUUUAGAUGUUUCAGAAAGGACAGGGAGGGAGGCAAAAGAGGUGGGGGCACUCAUGAUCAGUGAUAGUGUCAUGGCUGCAGAAAAGGAGGAAGACAUGGAGGAAGACAUAGUCCACGGAGUCUCUGGGUGGAAGCUAGGAAUAGGAAGGGGACAAAACUUUACAGGGUGUUUUUUAUAGACCACCCAAUAGUAAUAGGGACAUCGAGGAGCAGAUAGGGAGACAGAUUCUUGAAAUGUGUAAGAAUAACAGGGUUGUUAUGGGAGAUUUUAAUUUCCCAAAUAUCGAUUGGUAUGUCCCUACAGCGAGGGGUUUAGAUGAGGUGGAGAUUGUUAGGUGUGUUCAAGAGGGUUUCUUAACACAAUAUGUAGAUAAGCCUACAAGAGGAGAGGCUGUACUUGAUCUGAUGUUGGGAAAUGAACCUGGUCAGGUGUCAGAUUUCUCAGUGGGAGAGCAUUUUGGAGAAAGUGAUCAUAAUUCUAUCUCCUUUACCACAGCAUUGGAGAGGGAUAGGAACAGACAAGUUAGGAAAGCGUUUAAUUGGAGUCGGGCAGGAACUUGGAAGCAGAUGUUCUCAGGGGAAUGUAUGGAAGAAAUGUGGCAAAUGUUCAGGGAUAUUUGCGUGGAGUUCUGCAUUGGUAUGUUCCACUGAGACAGGGAAAGGAAGAUAGGGUACAGGAACUGUGGUGUACAAAGGCUGUUGUAAAUCUAGUUAAGAAGAAGAGCUUACGAAAAGUUCAAAAAGCGAGGUAGUGAUAGAGAUCUAGAAGAUUAUAAGGCUAGCAGUAAGGAGCUUAAGAAUGAAAUUAGGAGAGCCAGAAGGAGCCAUGAGAAGGCCUUGGCGAACAGGAUUAAGGAAAACCCCAAGGCAUUCUACAAGUAUGUGAAGAGCAAGAAGUUAAGAUGUGAGAGAAUAGGACCAAUCAAGUGUGACAGUGGAAAAGUGUGUAUGGAACCGGAGGAGAUAGCAGAGGUACUUAAUGAAUACUUUGCUUCAAUAUUCACUAUGGAAAAGGAUCUUAGCGAUUGUAGGGAUGACUUUCAGUGUACUGAAAAGCUUGAGCAUGUAGAUAUUAAGGAAGAGGAUGUGCAGGAGCUUUUGGAAAACAUCAAGUUGGAUAAGUCACCAGGACCAGAUGAGAUGUACCCCAAGCUACUGAGGGAGGAGAUUGCAGAGCCUCUGGUGAUGAUCUUUGCAUCAUCAAUGGGGACAGGAGAGGUUCCGGAGGAUUGGAGGGUUGCGGAUGUUCCAUUAUUCAAGAAAGGGAGUAGAGAUAGCCCAGGAAAUUAUAGACCAGUGAGUCUUACUUCAGUGGUUGGUAAGUUAAUGGAGAAGAUCCUGAGAGGCAGGAUUUAUGAACAUUUGGAGAGGCAUAAUAUGAUUAGGAAUAGUCAGCAUGGCUUUGCGAAAGGCAGAUCAUGCCUUACGAGCCUGAUUGAAUUUUUUGAGGAUGUGGCUAAACACAUUGAUGAAGGUAGGGCAGUAGUUGUAGUAAUUUCAGCAAGGCAUUUGACAAGGUACCCCAUGAAAAGCUUAUUGAGAAAGUAAGGAGGCAUGGGAUCCAAGGGAACAUUGCUUUGUGGAUCCAGAAUUGGCUUGCCCACAGAAGCAGAGUGGUUCUAGACGGGUCAUAUUCUGCCUGGAGGUCGGUGACCAGUGGUGUGCCUUAGGGAUCUGUUCUGAGACCCCUACUCAUUGUGAUUUUUAUAAAUGACCUGGAUAAAUACAUGGAGGGAUGGGUUAGUAAAUUUGCUGAUAACACAAAGGUUGGAGGUGUUGUGGAUAAUGUGGAGGGCUGUUGGAGGUUACAGCAGGACAUUGAUAGGAUGCAAAACUGAGCUGAGAAAUGACAGAUGGAGUUCAACCCAGAUAAGUGUGAAGUGGUUCAUUUUGGUAGGUGAAAUAUGAUGGAAGAAUAUAGUAAUAAUGGUAAGACCCUCGGCAGUGUGGAGGAUCAGAGGGAUCUUGGGGUCCGAGCCCAUAGGACAACCAAAGCUGCUGUGCAGGUUGACUCUGUGGUUAAGAAGGCAUACAGUGCAUUGGCCUUCGUUAACUGUGGAAUUGAAAUUAGGAGCCAAGAGGUAAUGCUGCAGCUAUACAAGACCCUGGUCAGACCCCACUUGGAGUACUGUGCUCAGUUCUGGUCGCCUCACUACAGGAAGGAUGUGGAAACCAUAGAAAAGGUACAGUGGAGAUUUACAAUGAUGUUGCCUGGAUUGGGGAGCAUGCCUUAUGAGAAUAGGUUGAGCGAACUUGGCCUUUUUUCCUUGGACUGAUGGAGGAUGAGAGGUGAUUUGGUGGAGGUGUAUAAGAUGAUGAGAGACAUCGGUCGUGUGGAUAGUGUGACGCUUUUUCCCAGGGCUGAAAUGGCUAGCACGAGAGGGCACAGUUUUAAGGUGCUUGGAAGCAGAGGAGAUAUCAGGCAUAAGUGUUUUUACACAGAGAGUGGUGAGUGCGUGGAAUCGGCUGCCGGCGACGGUGGUGGAGCCGGAUACGAUAGGGUCUUUUCAGAGACUCUUGGACAGAUAUGUGGAGCUUAGAAAAAUAGAGGGCUAUGGGUAACCCUAGGUAAUUUCUCAGGUAAGCACAUGUUCGGCACAGCUUUGUGGGCCGAAGGGCCUGUAUUGUGCUGUAGAUUUCCUAUGUUUCCAGAUCUCUACAAAGUGAUAUAAAUUAAUUACAGAUAUAAAACACAAAAUAAUUGAUUGCUUAAGUAUUCACCUCCCUUUAAUAUGACAGACCAAAUCAUCACUGGUGCAGCCAAUUGGUUUUGAAGUCAUAUAGUUAGUUAAAUGGAGGUCACCUGUGUGCAGUCAAGGUGCUUGUAGUAAGGUUGAUUGUAGUAAAACUACACCUGUAUCUGGAAGGUCCAACUACUGAUGAGUCAGCAUCCUGGUAAAAAAAACUGCACCUUGAAAACAAAAGAACACUCCAGGGAACUCUGCGAAAAGGUUAUUAAAAAGCAUGAGUCUGGAGUUGGAUACAAGAAAAUUUUAAAGUCACUGAAUAUCCCUUGGAGUAUAGUGAAGUAGUCAUAAAGAAAUAAAAAGAAUAUGGCACAGCUGCAAAUCUGCCUAGAGCAGGCUGUCCUCAAAAACUGAGUGAUCGUGCAAGAAGGGGACUAGUGAGGGAGGCACCAAGAGACCUAUAACAACUCUGGGGGAGUUAAAAGCUUUGUGGGAGAGUGGCAAAGAGAAAUCCACUGUUGAAAACACUCAAAUGAUAUCUCGGCUUGAGUUUGCCAGAAGCCAUGUGGGAGGUUGGAGUCAGCUGGAAGAUGGUUCUAUGGUCUGAUGAAACUAAAAUUGAACUUUUGGGUAUCCACUGUUUGGUAUAAGUCAAACACAGCACAUUGUCAAAAACACACCAUCCCUAUCAUGAAGCAUGGAGGUGGUUGCAUCUUGGUGGGGAUUCUUCAAUGCAGCAGGGCCUGGCAAGCUUGUGAAGAUGGAGGGUAAAAAGAGUGCUGCCAAAUACAGGGAAAUCCUAGAGGAAAACCUGAUACAGUGUACAAGAGAACAUAUAGAACAUAAAACAGUACAGGCCCUUCGGCCCACAAUCUUGUGCCGACCCUUAAACACUGCCUCCCAUAUAACCCUCCAUCUUAAAUUCCUCCAUAUACUUGCAACUUGGGAGAAGAUUUGCUUUCCAGCAAGGCAAUGACCCCAAGCAUAAAGCCAAAGCUACACAGGAAUGCCUUAAAAACAACGAAGUUAAUGUCCUACAGUGGCAUCUAAAUACAUCUAAUGACCUGGCCUCCACAGCUACAUGUGGCAACAAAUCCCACAAAUUUACCACCCUUUGGCUAAAGAAAUUUCUCCGCAUCUCUGUUUUGAAAGUGCACCCCUCUAUCCUGAGGCUGUGCCCUCUUGGCCUGGGCAACCUUGAGCACAAAUGAUUUUCUAGCAUGCGUUAUUCAUUAAUUUGAUGCAAAACAUAACUAGGUGUAUUUAAAUAGAUAAUUCCCGUAUUUCAAGUUUUUUAUGGCAUUUAUCUGGCCCACCAUCCGCUCAUUAAUACGCGAUCUGGCCCCUGUCCUAGACUCCCACCAUAGGAAACAUCCUUUCCACAUCUACUCUGUUUAUGCCUUUCAACAUUUGUAAGGUUUCAAUGAGAUUCCCACCCCCACUGCCAUCCUUCUGAAUUCCAGCGAUUAUAGACCCAAAGCCAUUAAACGAUCCUCGUAUGAUAACCCUUUCAUUUCUGGAAUCAUCCUUGUGAAUCUUCUGGACCCUCUCCAAUACCAGCACAUCCUUUCUACGAUGAGGGGCCCAAAACUGUUCACAAUAUUCAAGGUGAGGCCUAACCAGUGCCUUAUAAAGCCUCAGCAUCACAUCCUUGCUCUUGUAUUCUAGACCUCUUGAAAUGAAUGCUAAUAUGGCAUUUACCUUCCUCACCACUGACUCGACCUACAAGUUAACCUUUAGGGUGUUCUGCACAAGGACUCCCAAGUCCCUCUGCAUCUCAGAUUUUUGGAUUUUCUCCCCAUUUAGAAAAUAAUCGGUACAUUUAUUUCUACUACCAAAGUGCAUGACCAUAUAUGUUGUUCUCUAAAGACAAAGUGGCCCGACCUGUAAGGAUUGGAGGUUCCCUACAAACUGCCCUGCUGCUGGAGGAAACAACAGAAAUGCUGGAUGAACUAGCAAGUAAAGCAUCAUCUGUGGAAAGAGAAACCAGUUAAUAUUUGGUUCAGAGACUCUUCCUUAGAACUGCUACAGAUGUUGGUGCAAGCAGCUAAUGGCUACACUCAGUCCUCCACUUGAAAAAGUUAAGAUAAAUGAGUGAGCUUUUAAGUUCUGUGGGAUUUCAGGCAUCCCCUAAAACAACUCGAGCAUUGUUGGAAGAUUGGGAAGGCAAUGCUUGUGCGAAUGUCAGUGAGGAGCACCUUUAUAACCAAAGAACCUUACAGCAGAGAAGGACUUGGAUCACUCAGUAUGCUUGUAUAAGUUCUUUGACAGAAUUAUCCAAUGUCCUCUGAGUUGUUUUAGAGUGAUAGAACCUAGAGCACAGAAAUGGGCCUUUUGGCUCUUCUAGCCUGUGCCAGCCUGGUUUUAUGCCUAGUCCCAUUACCUGCACCUGCCCUCCACACCUCUUAGUCAUGUAUCUAUCCAAACUUCUCUUAAAUGUUAUAUUUGAACCUGCCUCCCCCUCUUCUGCUGGCAGCACAUUCCACACUCACACACCCAUUUGAGUGAAGAAGCUCCCCUUCAGAUUUUUCUUAAAUAUUUCACCUUUCAACUUCAACCUAUGACCUCUACCUAGUUCUAGUCUCACUCAACCUGAGAGGAAAAAGCCCACAUGCAUUCACAGUAUUUAUACUCCUGUAAUUUUGUACACCUCUUUAAGAUCUGUCCUUAUUAUCCUGCACUCCAAGGAACAAAGUCCUAACCUAUUCAUACUUACCCUCUACUCCAGGUCCUCAAGUCCCAGUAGCAUGCUUCUACUGUUAUCUUCAAGAACUUAACCAAUUUCUCUUUGAAAGUUGUGAUCCAGUUUUCUCCCACCUUUCUCUCAAGCAAUGAUUUUUUUUAAAAUCAUAACAUACAACUGCAAAAUCUGUAUCUUCCAUCAUUUUCAGCUUCAUGGCCAAUUAUCUUGAGUUUGCAUCCUUAGGUUAUUGACUUCCCCAGCAAUGAAUACAUACCUUCUCUGCUGUAAGAAAAACAAUCUCAGCUUUUAGUGUCUGCACAUUUCUGGUACUAUUCUAGUAAAUUUUCCCCAUGCAUUCUGUCAGCCUUGUUGAUUCUUCCCCUUCACCCCCCCCCCCAUAGUAUAGUGUCUUGAGAUGCAAGCAAUCUAGCUGAAAAUUAAAGCAGCAAAUGUAAAUGUUCAGCAUUUCUUUUGUAAUCUAUGCCUCUCUAAAGCUAAUAAUUCCAUAUUCCCUUCUGUAACAGUCUUCAAUAUACAUGUGACUCUUAAGCACUCUUCCUUGCUACAGCUUUUGUAAGAUGGUGCAAGUUUUAUUUGUGUUUUAUAUGAAGGAACUUCAAGGUUCGGCAUAUAUUAGAAACUAAAGAAAGCAUCCUGCAGGCAAAUAAAAAUUGCAGAAGACAAAUUAAAGCAGGGAUAAUAAAUCCUGAAUGCAUACAGACUAUGUGAACAAUGGAGCAAUGGGAGGAUAGUUUCCGUGAUUGAGGUGGGAAGGGAAAACUUGCCCUUGAUAGAUACAGUGGAUUCCAGUUAAUUGCGCUAUUGGUUAAUCAGGGCAGCUGCUUAUUUGGGACAACUGUUAAAGAACAAAAGCUAAUUCAGAAAAUUGCCAAGAUUCCCUUUGUUUAUAUAGGACACUAUACCAAUAGAAUUGGGGCAAGAGUCUGUUGCCAAAUAGGUUUUAACUAGCGUCAUUUGUAUGUGUUUGUGAUCAAAAAAGUGUUUUUGUAACUGGUAAUUGGCGGGAGCUUAUGCAGUAAGACAAUUCGAAAUUGUUUAGCUCACUGCGGUUUCAAGCAUUCAGGUUUGGAGAUGCCAGAAAUGGCUGGGAGUGAAUAUAAAACAAUUUCACUACUUCAGCAGGUUAGGAAUUAUGGGGAAUUUGAAGGUGUUGACAGUCAUCUUGAAUGUUACAUUAAAAAUGAAAAUUUAUAGGAUGCAAUCAUUGAUAGUAUUGUAUGAAAGCAGUGCAUUAUCUGCUGAUUUUAAUCAUUGCUUACACAGAAUGAAUUCCUCCGUCAAUAACUAUUAAAAACUAAUAAACAGUUUUAUAGUACUGUUCUAAUGUAUUCUGUAUUUAAUAAACACGCAAUUUGUUACCCAGUUUGUCUUGUACUUUUUUAACUAUUUCCAUGAAACUUUGGCUAAUUGGGACAGCCCCUUAAUUGGGCCAAAAUGUACUGAUCCCGAUGUGUCCCAAUUAACCACAAUCCACUGUAUAUGAAAUGGGUAAUAGUGCAGUAGUAUGCUUCUCCUAUUUUAUUCUGUAAUAGUGAACAAUCAUAUUUUGUCACAGAUUUACUGUAUUCAGCUUUGCCAGAAAUCAGUCUGAUCUCUAUAAUGUGCAAAAAUGAACAUAGAACAUAGGAAAAUAUAGCACAGGAAUCGGCAAUUUAGUCUUCAAUGUCUGCUAAACGUGAUGCCAAAUUAAACUAAAUCUCUUCUGCCUGCACAUGACCUAUAUCCCUCCAUUUUCUGCAGCUGUAUGUGCCUAUUCAUAAGCUUCCUAACCACCACUACUGUAUCUUGACAGCCUGUUCCAGGCAUCCAACUUACCCUCUUUUUUUUAAAAAAAAGGCCCCUCACAUCUUUAAACUUUUCCCCCCUCACCUUAAAUGAUUAUGCUCUAGUGCCUGAUGUUUAUAACCUGAGAAGAAGAUUCUAUACACACUAUUUAUUCCUUGAUAAUUUUAUAAACUUGUAUCUCCCCUCAGCCUCAGCAUCCCAGAGAAAACAACCCAAAUUUGUCCAAUCCUCACAUGCCCUCUAAUCUUGGCAAUAUCCUAGUAAACUUCUGAACU